AAGACAGACCCAUGUGAUUCUAUGUGCUCUUGCUUCUCCAAGUUUUCCAGCCACCACAUAUCCAGUGCCAUCUUCACCUCUCAAUCUACAUUCUAAAGGAUAUCACACUUACAAGUUCAUCUCUAUAUAUAUGCAUAAAGCUAGUUUGUGAGCUCACAACCAGCAGCAAGUCCUUGAACACUACAGCUUCUCAGCUUUCACUUGCUUCACAAAAACUCUCACAUCCCUUAAUUUUCAUCUCUUCUUUACCAAGUUUUACUUCAAUAAAAAGAUGGCUAUUCGCCAAAUGCUUAGACGGUCUUUAUCCAGCGAAAGAAAAUCAGCUUCAUCUGGAGUUGACGUGCCAAAGGGGCAUCUGGCUGUUUAUGUUGGGGAGAGCGAAAGGAAACGUUUUGUUAUUCCGGUAUCAUACUUGAACCACCCCUCGUUUCAAGAUUUGCUAUUUCAAGCUGAAGAAGAAUUCGGGUUUGAUCAUCCGAUGGGCGGCAUCACCAUUCCCUGCUGUGAGGAGCUAUUCGUUGGUCUCACCUCCCAGUUGAGCAGAAGAUGAUGUGUUAUACUAGGACUUAGAGCAAUGCAAUUUUGUUACUAGAUAGGUUUCUGGACAUACAUUUCUUUCCCUUUUUCUACAGUCAGAAGAUACUUUGUCGGGUACAAAAUGUAUUCCUGGACAAAUUUAUGGCAGUGAUAUAUGAAAUAUUAUUUAUCUCAA